AUGGGUGGAUUAAGGCUUUUCUCUGAGUUCUUACUCAUCGCAGCAAUUUUACUUUGUUUUCCCAGCAUAAAUACUGAUGCAACUUGCAUCACAAGUGAGAAACAAGCUCUUUUAGACUUCAAGAAAAGUUUGAUAGAUCCUUCUGGUCAGCUCUCAUCUUGGAAUGACAAUGUUGAUUGCUGCCAAUGGCAAGCAGUUAUUUGCAGCAACAAAAGUGGCCAUGUGAUUCAACUUCGCCUUCAAAAUCCUGUUGACGAUCUUGAAUUGGCAUUAAGUGGUAAUAUCAAUCACUCUUUGCUCAAUUUGACCCAAUUGCGCCACCUUGAUUUGAGUCUAAAUGAUUUCAGCGGACUUCAGAUUCCAACAUUUUUAGGGUCUCUCAAAAGUUUAAGGUAUCUAAAUUUAUCUCAAGCUAGAUUUCAAGGAAUGGUUCCCUAUCAGCUUGGAAACCUGUCAAGUUUACGAACUUUAAGUGUCGCUGGAGAAUUUUGGUCUCCUCUCCAGUCUGACAACCUGCAAUGGUUGGCUGGCCUCUCAAAUCUGAAGCACUUAGACCUGAGUCACGUGGACCUUAGUCCAGCUUCUAAUUGGCUAGCGGUGAUUAACAUGAUCCCUUCUUUGGUAGAGGUACGCUUGUCCUCUUGUCACUUGUUUCAAAUUUCUCAACUCAUCCACAGCAACUUUUCUUCGCUUACUGUCUUAGAUCUUUCUGGAAAUGAUUUCAGACAUGUCAUACCUAGAUGGAUUUUUGAUCUUCCUUCCCUUGCUUCUCUUGAUUUAAGUAAGAACUUGCUUCUAGGCCCAUUGCCCAGAGGUCCUUGGAACAUGACAUCUCUCAACUACUUGGAUCUUUCUUCAAACCAUUUGGACGGUUCACUGCCAGAUGAACUUAUUCAUCGUAACAAUCUCAUCUCUCUCAACCUUCAAGGAAAUCAAUUCGAAGGUUCCUUGGAUGGAAUUCGGAAUUGGAGUUCCCUUGUAUCUUUGAAUCUAUCAGAGAAUCAAUUCACUACCAUUCUCCCAAACGUAUUAUUCACUUUAAGUUCCCUAGUUUCACUUGAUCUUCGCUCCAAUCAGUUUCAAGGUUAUAUCCCAGGCUCUAUUGCCAACAUUUCCAACCUUCAAAAUCUUGAUCUAUCUCAUAACAAUCUUAGCUCCUCUUUGCCAAGUGAACUAUUCACAUUGAAGGACUUGGUUACAGUCGAUGCAGGUGGUAAUCACUUGAGUGGACCAAUUCCGAGCACUAUUGGCAACUGUACCAAGCUAAAACACCUUAGAUUAACUGAUAAUAGUCUUACUAUGUCCAAGUUGUUAUACAAUUGCACAAGUCUAGAAUUACUAGGACUCCGAGGCAAUGCUCUCUCUGGUUCAAUUCCAUCUAAUCUAGGAAAACUGUCAUCCCUGGAGUACAUUGAUAUAUCUAAAAACAAACUCACUGGAACUCUUCCUGAAAGUCUUGGGCAGCUUUCCAAACUUGAAACGCUUCUUAUUUACAAUAAUUUGAUGGAAGGCAUGGUGAGUGGGAUUUUACUUGACAAUCUGACAAGUUUAAAGUAUUUUGAUGCAUCUGGAAACUCCUUGACCUUAAAAGCGAAUGCAAGUUGGAUUCCUCGUGCCCAAUUUGAAAGACUUGGAUUAGGUUCUUGGAAUCUCGGUCUUCAAUUUCCUAUAUGGCUCCAAUCACAAAAAAACCUUCAGUAUUUGAACUUGUCCUCCACAAGAAUUUCAGAUACUAUCCCCUCUUGGUUAUUCAACUCAGCAACAGGAGUCGUGUCUCUUUCUCACAAUCAACUUCAUGGAGGUAUUUCUCACUUUUUGUGUGAAGUGAAGAAUGGAAAGCCAGGUCUUACAGUUCUGGAUCUUAAAAAGAAUUCUUUAUCAGGAGAAAUUCCUGAUUGUUGGAUGAAUUACCCAAACAUAACAUACAUCAGUUUGAAGAGCAAUAACUUCAUUGGAAGCAUUCCAAGGUCAUUGUUUUCUUUGGAAUAUCUGUCUCAUUUGGACUUGGGCAGAAACAGCCUCACUGGUUCGAUAACUUCGACUUUGUAA